GGACGAUUGCAACUUCAAUUGCGCUGUGCAAGCCAUGUUUUUCCUUCGCGCUCUGCUCCUAGCUGCUGGCGCUGUGGGGUUUUCAACAUGGCCAUCUGUAAGUGUCCAGAUGGUCACUUACAAGAGAGGGCCUCUGCUGCUGGAGGCGCUGGCUCAAGUGGAGCAGCAAGAGUAUCCAGGAGAUCUUGAGGUGGUCAUCGUAGAUGACAGCCCGGAGAGCCAAGAAGAACAGCUGGACGCCUUGAAGGAAUCCUUGGCGAUCAGAUACAUCUUCUUGCCAGAACGAAUGAGCAUUGGUGCCAAGCGGAAUCUGGCCACACGCAGCACAGAUGCAGAGGUGAUUUGCAUUUGGGACGAUGACGAUGUCUUCACAAUGGACCGCAUCCGAAAGCAGGUGGAACAUCUUCGAGGUGGUGAUACCUGGUGCGGCAUUCGCAUCAUUUCAGGCAGAUGGCAGAAGUCCGAGACCGCGGUGAAUCCAUUGAUCGCCUUCACCGGAAGAGCAGAUGUGAACUGCUCGGGGAUCGAGGUCGCCUCUUUCUACUCGGUGCCAGACCAGGAGUUGACCGUGCGCCCCUUGGGGCUGCCGCCCAUCGUCUUUGAGAACACUCUUUGCUUCACUCGCACCUGGUGGGAGAGUGGCCACUUCGGCUUCGGCGAGGCAUGGGAGGUUUCGGGACAAGGCGAGGGCACCCUGGAGCCUUGGUGGGAGCAGGUGAAGACCUUGAGUGGAGCUGAGGAGCCCUUCUUGUACAUCUACCUCCCGUCCUCUGCCUCGGGUGGCACAGCGCUCAACAAGAACCGCCAGCCGCCGCCCUGCAGCAAGCUCUUUGCCCUGGCGAGCGCUCUCAGCCACGGCAGGUUCCCCGAGCUGCCUGGCCCACAUGUCUCAAGCGCCCUGAGCUGUGCGCGUGCUGAAGUGCAGGAACUCCUGUCAAUACCCAAGUUCUUGGACGAGCCAUCAGUGAUCGCUGCGGCGGGCAUUCAGCGUCGCAGCGUCGCGGAGCGCCAGCGGGUGCAGCUCACGGCCGACUUCCCGUCUGACCCGGCGCUGGCGGCCCGGUCUUCAGUGGCACGGCGCGUGUGGUCCACGUUGGAAAGUGCUCCCCUUGCCACGUCUGGCUGGCUUUUGGUGGAUCGCCCGCCACUCCGGCUCCAUCCAAGCUUUCUGACGGCUGAGGAGGCGGCGGAGCUCCAAGCCGCCGUGCGCCUCGACGCCUUCGGCGUCCGCGACCGCGGCGGCUUCGCGCCGACCGCGGCGGCGGAGCGGCUGCGGUACAGGGCGGCGGAGGCGCUAGGCGUGGAGGUCUCUCAUUUAGAGCCUCUGCGUGCAGUGCGCUAUGGCCGCCCAGAGCAGUGCUUUGAACCGCACGUGGAUUGGAUUGCUGAUCCCUCCGACGAGCAGUUGCUGGAGCUUGGGCAGCGGGUGGCAUCACUGCUGGUCUUUUUGUCCACCCUGCCAGAAGGCCGUGGGCAGACCGACUUCCCGGCCCUCGGCGUGUCCGUGACGCCCCAGACGGGUGCCGCGCUCUUGUGGCCCAACAUGGACAUGAAUGGCCAGCCCUUGCCAGAGAUGAUUCACGAGGCCAAACCCUUGGAAGAAGAGGGCCUCGAAAAGAUUGCGCUGAAUGUUUGGGUGCGUGACCGGCCGUUGCCCACGGAUCCAGCCAUCUUGGAGACCUUGUUUCAGUCGUGAAAA